AUGCGAAAGCUCUUUGCCUCUGGGGACUCAGGAGGGUCCAACGAGGAGAGGGGCAAAGGGUGGGCAAAGGAACAGAAGGACAGGGUAGACCGAGCCUUGGACGACGUCGAGCAAGCCAAACAGACUCCCUUGGAGUAUACUGCAGUAAGGGUGCAAAAGUCGUACGAGAAGCCCAAGCUACCCUGUGUAUUCCUGCACGGUCUGUUUGGCUUUGCCACCCUCACACCCUUCAUCUCUCUGCCACAGCUCACAUUCGAUUACUGGAGGGGCGUGAUAGAUGUUCUGGAGGAGAAUGGAGUGGAGGUGCUGGUGACGAAUGCUACGACUAGUGCAAGCAUCGAGGAGAGGGCUAAAGACGCCUGCAGGAUGAUAGAAGAGCGGUUUCCGGGUAGAGAGGUGAACCUUUUGGGACACUCCAUGGGAGGCCUAGACUCGCGGUACAUUGCCUCGUGUAUCAAGGAUCGCACAUUCAAGGUAGCCUCUGUCACAACAAUUGCGACGCCUCACCGUGGCUCGCCUUUUGCGAGCUACCUCCUGUACAACAUGAUUGGCCGGCAACGACUGCCCACCCUUCUGAACCUGGUCAAGACGGUAGGCAUCCCUGGCGAAGGCAGAGCCUUUGAGAACCUCACCACGGAGAGGAUGAAGGAGUUCAAUGAGCUGUGCAAGGAUGCCAAGGACACAAAGUAUUACUCCUGGGGAGCCGCCUUCCGUCCCGGCGUGUUCAACGAGUUCAGGUGGCCUUGGGCCGUAGUGUGGGAAAAGGAAGGGCACAACGAUGGCCUGGUGAGCGUCUCGAGCUCUCAGUGGGGCAAAUAUCGCGGCACCCUGAAGGGUUCGCACAUAGAGAUCAUUGGGUGGGGCAAUGCUUGGGCUUCGAUGAGCGCGUCGCUCACGGGCUCAGAAGCGCCAUUUGACUGUCAGAACUUCUACCUGAAUGCCUGCGAGGAUCUGGCGAGGGAGGGCUUUUGA